UGGGAGAAGCUGCAGAUGACGGCCAGCGAGAGGAGGAAGAUCAUGUGCUCCGUAACAUUCCAUAUCAUCGCCAUCACCUGCGUCGUGUGGUCUCUCUAUGUUCUGAUAGACAGGACUGCAGAAGAGAUUAAACAGGGACAGACUACUGGGAUCCUAGAGUGGCCGUUUUGGACUAAGUUGGUGGUUGUGGCUAUUGGCUUCACUGGAGGACUUCUGUUCAUGUACGUACAAUGCAAAGUGUACGUACAGCUGUGGAAGAGACUUAAAGCAUAUAACCGAGUAAUAUAUGUACAAAACUGUCCAGAAACUAGCAAAAAGAAUAUUUUUGAAAAACCUGCACUAAUGGAGCCAAACUUCGAAAGUAAAGAAAUGCUUGGGGUUCACCAUUCAGACACAAACUCUUCACAUUACACAGAGCCAGAAGACUGUGCUGCUGAAAUCCUUCACGUCUGA